AUCAUUAUUAAAAUAUUUGCAUUUCUGUCUAUGGUGAUCCUACUCACCCUUCUUAUUAAAUAUUCCAAACCCACAUAAAAGAAUCAUUUUUUGGUCAAUGCCCUUCCAUUGCUUCCAUUUUUAAGCUCCUUCCCCAUUCCUUCUCUUCCAAUCCUCUUCUUCUUUGGACAUGGACAUGGGUGGCAAAGACAUGAUUGAAGCUUUUGAAGCUUAUAAAGCUAUGGAGUUGCAAGAACUUAGUUUAGUGAUGGUGGAAACCCGAGAAGAUGAUGUUUGUGAAGCUUCUAUUUCGACUGAGAACUCGAUCAGUUCAUUCGAAUCCUUUUCAUCAGAAUUGUUGGAAGAUGCAUCGUCUACUUCAACUUCAAAUCUCUCAUUAUCGUCAUUGUCUUCAUCGCAGUCAAGUGGACCUCUCUAUGAACUUUCCGAGCUCAUGGACAAUCUCCCCAUCAAGAGAGGACUAUCAAAAUUCUACAAUGGAAAAUCACAAUCUUUUACAUCUCUAGCAAGUGCAAAGAGCUUGGAAGAUCUUGCAAAGAAAGUGAAUAAUAAUAAUAAUAUUACUUCUCAAAAGAAAAAGAUGAAGUGUUGUAAGAGCUAUGGAGGAGGCUUAGAUGCUCAAAGAUCUUAUUCUCCAAAGCCUUUGAUUGCUAAAAAGGCUUCAAAGAGACGUAGUAGAUUAUUUGUCAGCCAUUGAUGUUCGAUGCUUGUUCCUCUUCCUUUUUCUCACAGACUUUUGUGUACGUUUUUGAGGCAAAAAUUAUGUUUGUUCUAACGUUAAUGAUCGAGGGUUCGGAAUCCUUUGAGAAAAGAAGAAGAAGAAUGAUCGAUAGACGUUUAUGGAGUGAAAGAGAGUUCAAACUUUUGUCGGAUCCUUUUGGGUCAAUCAAUCUACUUUAACCCACGAUCGAUAGAC